AUGGACACGGAGCUAUACAGCGGCCUGCAGUAUUCUAGCGCCACAGCCGAGUCACUUAUAACCGAAGGCAACGAGCGGCUGGCAGCAUCUAACCGCUCAGUACCUUUGUCUUUCUCCUCCUUGUCUUGCAUCACCGCUCACCACCGUUCGUCCUCCACGCAGCAACACACAUCCCAGCAAUAUCCCAAGAGCGCGGUGCGGCGCACAGCAAGGGCACGGAAGGAAACACUGCCAAACGACUCGGAGGAGGUGGGCGGGGCGGCGAUGGAUGUGGACAUGGACGUGGCUGAGAUGGGGCUGGACGCCGGUGACCCGCACCCGCUGGAGAAGCUCGCUGACUCGGACUUCUUCAACAAGUUUGAAGAUGAUUUCGAGGACGCCGACCUGGCUUAG